CGGGCUCCUCAUCGUCUCGCAGAUCGUGGUGGCCGCGCCCGGCGUAUUCCUCCGUUGCCUCCCAUGGCGGGUCAGGGGCCCCCGGGAAAGGGUUCGGCGGAGCCGGCCGGGGCUGCCCGUGCCGGAGUGGUGCCGCAGGUUGGUGCCGGUGGAGCUCACCGUGGAGUGCCGGCGGCGGCCCGGGGUGCUGUACCGGCUGGGGCUAAUGCGCCCAUCGGCCGCGGUGGUGGUGUUCCCGUCCGUCCGCCUGCUUCGGUUCCUGUUGUCGCGGGCAGGGGAGGGAGCAGCCGUCCGCCAAGUCCGGCGAGUCUGGCCGCCGCGAGUCGGGGCGGUGGCGAUGGUGCCCGUCCGCCGCUUCAGCGCCCGGUGGUGCAGCCUGGUUCGUUACCGCAUGCAGGGCGCGGUGGCGUGAGGCCCUCCCAGCCAGUCACUGCAGUUGCGGGGAGAGGUGCCCCUCCCCCAAGACCUCCGGUGCCGGCUUCCGUGGGGCGGGGGGUCGUGCCGGUUGCACCUCAUGCCGCACCACCGCCACACUAUGUCGCGAGACCGGCGCAAAGGCGUUCGGGCACAUUGCAGCCAAGGCCUGACGUGGGGAACGGUGGAUCAAAUGGGCCGCCCAGAGGACAGUGGGGGGAUGAUGGUGUUGAUGCUUACGGGAAAGGCCAGCACCGUGGAUCGUCGUCUACGGGUGGAGGACGCGGAUACGCUUGGCAGAGUGAUGGUUCUGCCGAAAGACCAUUCCUGGGUCCGGCAGGCGGUUUUGUCGAAGGGGUUACUGGACCGAACAAUCGACAGAGAGGUGGAUUCCGUGGCCAUCGUGGUGGCCGUGGUGGUGGACGUGGUCGGGCUCGCAAGCCGCCCCCGCCACCGGUGGUGGAUGACCAUCAGGCUUCGGAUAUGGCUGUUGAUCCAGUUCGGUCGACUGAGUUGCCUAGCCAGGCUCUGGAUGUUGUGACGGCUCUAGCCAACAUGGAGGUUCCAGCUUCUGGAGUUGUUGCGGAGGUAGGGGACAGGGCUGAGUCUGAAAGGGCGGCCAAAUGGGCGCGCAAGAAAGAAAAGAUGCUAUGCUAUCGCUGUGGUGAGAAGGGCCACUUUAUUGCUGAGUGCAUGGCGGAUCUAUGUAACACAUGUGGUAAGACUGCUCAUAUUACGGGGGAUUGCCCGGUUUUGCGUGACCAGGCUCCUGCUCUCACGAUGUAUGGAGUGUACUGUGCUGAGCUCACGUUCUUUGAGUCUCCGGUGGCGAGGGAGACUCGAGUUGAGAUUCAAAGUUUGACAACUGGACUUGUGAAAGCUACCUGCGAAGCGAUUUCUGAGUCUCAAAUUGUGCAGCGACUCCAGGAACUGGCUCCAGGUGAUUUUCAGUGGGAGCUCGUCCAGAUUGAGGACAAUGUGUUUAGGGUUGAUUUCCCUUCGGUGGAAGAUUUGCAGAAGCUGCUGAGUUUUGGGUUGUGUAAGGUGCCGGGUACUAAGUGUAUCCUAGAGUUUCACGAGUGGAAAAAGGUGGAACCUAAGGGCAAACCGCUCACUCAGGUAUGGCUACGGUUUUCAGGGGUACCAUCUGAGGCUCUGACAGAUGCUCGUGUGGUGGCGAGCUUGGGUAUGAUGGUUGGUAAGACCGAGGAUGUGGACAUGGCUUUUACCCGCUCACAUGGGGUGGCACGGCUCUUGGUGGGGGUUUUGGACAUCGAUUUUGUCCCAGAUAGGGUCAACUGGUUUUAUGGGGGAGAGGUGUUCCCUCUUGAGAUCGAGUUUGAGGAUUCCGAGCUGUUUGCCGAGGUGGCUUCAGAUGAUGCUAUGGAUAUGCACGAGGGGGAUGAUGAUGCCGGUGCUCGUGGGAACCCGCAUGAUGAGGCGGGUCGUGACAAGACCAAGGGGUCGAGUCAGGAUGCUCAGUUGCCAGGUAAUGGUCCUGGAGUGGAGUCUCCAUCGGAUCCGGCGGUACCCAUGACUACGUUGCGGUUUGGAUCCUUCGAGCCAGCAUCUGCUCCUCCCAGGCUCUGGAGCGACAGGGUGGAGUCUGAUGAUUGUUUUGAGUGUAUGCUUCCGCCGUUGGAGCUUGACGUUGUGGCUAGUCCUACGGAGGAUGGGUUGUUCGGGACGCCCGUGGGAGGGGUUCGGGAGGUGGAGCCUCAGGUGGGGCCGACCUCUCCUACCAUCUCAGUGGUCUCGGGCCGGCAGGCGUCGACUGACUUGGUGGUUCGAUUUGGGGAGGAGAGUCGGGGGCAGGCGGCCCCGGUCUCUCCUUCUCUCAGCCUGGCGCCGGUGACACCGGCGACGCCGGUAAUGGUCGAUUGUGGGGAGGGUUGCAUGGGUCAGGCGGACCCAGCCUCCUCUCCUGUGGGGAUGCCGAUUCAGGCGGGGUCGGCCAGCGCUGGGGGAGGGAGCCCGAGGCAGGCGGCCUCGGCUCUUGCCUCCCCGGUUGGGGCGGUGCCACCCGAGCCUGCUGCUGCGCUAGGGGGGGCCGAGGCAGGUGGCCCUGGCUCUCCCCUCUUCACCGGCGGUCAGGAGGACCGCCACUCCUUCGCCGACGGCUUUUCCCUCUGCGUCGGCAGGGGGGUGGGAGGAGGGCAUGGGCAGGUGGCCUGCGCCUUCUCCUCUCCGUCUAUCCCCGUGGACGUGGAUCCCCCGGCGGGGUUUGGGAGCCCGCAGCCACCUCCUCCGGUCUCCUCGGUUGAUCCUUUGAGGGACUCAGCGCGAGGCUUUACCAGGGAGGAGGUUGUUGCUUUUGGCGGGAUCCCAGACCCUGCCUCGACGGGGAGACGGUUCAGUGAGAGAGUCCACGAGCUUCCGGAGGUGGAUGAUAUGCAGCAGCGGUGCGCUAUGAGGGCCGCCAAGCUUCAGGACGCUGCUAUCUCUGCUGGUUAUUUUCCGAGCCACGGCCAUGAUCCGUUCAUGGUCACUACUCACUCCGAUGGUGGCCAGGGAGCAUUUGGUUACUGGAUCUAUCCGCUGGGAGAUGGUAGCUCGGGAUAUCUUCAACCGGUUUGGAUGGCGGUCAUGUAAUAGGAUAGGCAAUUAGUUUACCUAUCUAUAUUUAGCCAGCCGGAUGUGGCAUCUUUUCUUGGCUAGUCUGUGUGUCCAGCCUCUUUUGCUCUGUGUGAGCUGUCUUUUUAUUACUUUUCUGUCGGAGACUUUCGAACCUUGUUGGAACCUUUUCUUUCGUUAAUAAGAUGGCCGUAUGCAUCACUCUGAUGCAGAGGCCGGGGA